CCAGCCCGUACUGUUCCUUAUGUGGUGGUGUGUGGAUCCUGCGGAUUGAAGCGGAGCAACCAUGGCAGACACGGAGGACCCGGUUCCAGGCGCGAACACCGAAUCGGACACCCCGCGCACAGCCCGGCCACACUACGUCUCCUUCAGCGAGACGGUCCAGCCAGCGGUCGGGAUGGUUAGCCAACUACUGAGCCAUCCGUCGUCCCUGAAGUUUGACAAAAACAUCAAACAGGCCUUCUACAACACGGGAGCGAUGAUCUUCGUAGCGAUCUGUUGCGGGGCCGCCGUGUUGGUGUACUUCAUCUUGGAGGCUUUCUUGCGACCGCUGCUGUGGGCGGUGCUGUGCGGCACCUUCCUGCACCCGUUCAAGUACUCGCUCGCCCGGCUGGGCCGCUCUUGGCUCAGCGGUCUGCAAGAGAGCGGCACGCCGAUAGUGGUCGGGACCCUGCUGGUGCCAGUGUGGUGUGUGAACUACGGGGUGGAGGCGAUGGGAGCACUGGUUUUAAAGCGGUUGAACGUGCUGCUGGCUAUUGGUGCUGGUGGACCGCUACUUUAUUUCUUGUAUCUGUUUUGGAGCGUCAUCGGCAUGCAGGUCAUCCUCAGCCACGUGUGUGACAUCAUCUGUUUCGGCCUGGAUUGCUUUAACGCUGUGUGGGUUGGGACAUUAGUUGUGGGUUAUGUGUUGGCUGUGGCAUUUAAGUGGACGCCCGGAAUGGAAGGUGUCCUGCGCACCAUGUCUGUGCCAGUAUGGACAACUCUUAUUUUUUACCUGGUGUCUCUGACUGGGUCGUGGCGAGUGCCUGUGUUUGUGGUGGUGGUUUUACUGCUAAUAGUGGGAAUACAGGAGAAGCCUGCCGUACCAGGGAAAGGUGAACUUUCGGGUCAAGUUCUGUCCUUUGCUGCCAAUACAAUCUACAUGGCUAUUUCCUGCAGUAAUGUCUGCCAGCCCGAGACCAUACAGGAAGAGAAGAGCAGCACGGAACAAUCCAAAGAUUCAGCGUGUUCCUCUAAGGGUCUUUUCAGCGUUCCACCCUCCCGCGGUCGCAGCAGGCUAGACUUCAGAGGUCUCCAGGCUAAAGAGAAAACUAGUGAUAUCUACUUUGUUCUUCUUGCAUGGGCUAUAAUGUUGGUGCAGAUCUGGCUCAACCUCUGGAUUUUACAGUUACUGCCAAUCCCUGUCGCUGUUUGGGUGCUGAAGAAGGUGGUUGUUCAUUUUGGGCUGAAGGAUUUCACAGGAAGGACUUUGGUGAAAUGGUGGACAUUCCUUGAGAAGUUUGUGAAAGACAGACGGGAGGCUCUGAUGCCCGGACCGAUCAAAGGCCUAGCUCAGUUCUUGCUACGGGUGGACACUAAGCUGUGGCAUUGGCUUAACAAGCAGAUGAUCGUGUGGUUGGAGCGUUCUUUGGAUAAGCUGAUCAGUAUUUUUAUUAUUUUCCUGCUGGUGACUGGCACACUGCUCAUGGGCCUGCUGCUCACAGCUAUGGUGCAUCAUGAGAGCGUUCAUAUCAUAGAGGUCACCAGUAACCUGAUCAAUGAGACCGUUUCCAACCACCCCGAAUGGGCCAACUGGCUGCCAGAGGCACAGGUUGUUCAGAAGGCAUUGAACUCUGCAGCCACUAAUGUUUACCAGCAUGGCAGAGAAUGGAUCACACUUAAGCUUCAUAAAAUAUUAGGCGAUAAAGUCAACAACACCGCUGUGAUCGAGAAACAAGUUCUGGAGCUGUGGGAUCGUCUCUACCAGUCCUGGAUUGUAAAGAAUGUAACUCACACCGGACGACUCCGCGGACACAAGCUGAAUUUAAACAGACAGAGCAGCUGGCUAGGGGACAUCCUCGACUGGCAGGACAUAGCCUCAUUCGUUCAAGAGAAUAUCGAGAUGCUGCUCUCGAUUUUGGAGUCUUUGUGGGUGGUCAUGAGUCGAAAUGUUGGAUUGCUGAUAUCAACGACAACCACGCUGCUUACUGUACUGUUUCACAGCGGAACCGCACUGCUCAACUUUGCCCUCUCUCUGGUGAUUUUUCUGACCACACUGUUUUACCUUCUGAGCUCCAGUGGAGAAUACUAUAAACCUGUGAAGUGGGUCAUCAGCCUCACACCUCUGUCACAACCUGGACCCUCUUCAAAUGUUAUUGGCCAGUCUGUGGAGGAGGCCAUCAGGGGUGUGUUUGAUGCAUCUCUGAAGAUGGCUGGAUUCUACGGCCUUUACACUUGGCUUACGCACACAAUAUUUGGCAUCAACAUUGUGUUCAUCCCCUCAGCGAUGGCGGCUAUCCUCGGCGCCGUGCCGUUUUUGGGGACGUACUGGGCGGCUCUACCUGCAGUUCUGGAUUUGUGGUUGGCUCAGGGGGAGGGAGUCAAAGCUCUGCUGCUGCUGCUCUGCCAUCUGCUGCCUACGUACUUUGUUGACACUGCCAUAUACUCUGACAUAUCUGGAGGUGGACACCCGUAUCUGACAGGUCUCGCUGUAGCGGGUGGAGCGUACUAUUUGGGUAUAGAGGGGGCCAUCAUUGGGCCUAUUCUGCUGUGUAUCUUGGUGGUAGCGUCCAACAUAUACAGCUCCAUGUUGAUGAGCCCUAGCAGCACCCAGCAGACUCCGGUGCAGAGCAGCUUCCCCGUACAUCAGGGCCGGUUAUUCAUAGAUACUCCAACGCAGCUGAAAAGAUGUACCGAGUGAGAGAAGUCUGACCAGCGUUUGUCUGGGGAAUCCCAUAGUGCACUUCAAGACUAUGCAAAGGGUCGGCUUACCCUUAAAGUGUCCAGCACUACCUGUUUGGUCAAAAGUAUCACCACAUUCUCUCCUAAUGUGGCUCAUGUAGCACAUGGCAGUAUGAUGCCCCCGAAUGUCUAACUAUGUGCUACACUUAACGCAUUUAGCACUGUGGCGCUAAAUUUGAGAAAUUCUUAGAGACCGGGCUCAGAAAGACCUGCGCUGCGACGCUUGCACUCUCCAACGCUACGUUAAGUUAACACACCUGUGCUUUGCGAAGCACCGUUCUGGUGAAUUAAUGCCAUUGCUACCUUCUAGUUAGCACACUAACAAUGUUACACGUUUACAUUGUGCUUUACUGUUAAACUAGCUUAUCAAACACGUUUUCAGACUGUAGUUCUCACAGGUAAGGACCUCCUUAUCUGGUUGUACGGAUGAUUCAUCCCAUAUUGUGGAUUUGUUUGGCACUGCUGAUCAUGUGAACGGAUACGUUUGCAUGAAUGUAAGACUGGGUUAAUAUCAGGUUUCAUGUUGAGACAUUUGUUUGCUUAUGUUUACUAUGUACUGUUCAUUUUCACCACUUUUUUUCACACCGAAGGCCCGUCGCUAUAGACAGACUGCAAAGUUGAGUUUGAAUCUUUAACAUUCAGCUUCCUGUAAUGAACCAUAACACAUCGGUUUUCGAGGUUCAUGUUUGUUUGGUGUUAAGAAUUCAAUUCUACUGAAAUACAGUUUCUCUGGCAGGAUUUAGCAACAGCUGCUUUUACAAAUAUCCAAGUCUAAAGUUCAUGUGCUACUUAUGCUGAACUAUAACAAGAACUCGAAUCUUGAAUGAUAUCAUUAUCAAAUAGUCAAAGUUUGUCACGCACACCUCCAUGUUUAUCCAUUCAAAUGCCUUGUGUGUUAUGUUUGUGGUUACCUCAAGCGUCUUUAUUUUUCUUCUCUCAGUUUCUAUUGAUAAAGCACGGGUAGAAAAUACAAUGUAAUAAUGAUUAAGUACUUACCGUACGUCACAUCCUUACCUGUGCAUUUCUUCCGUUUAUAUUUAUAUAUAUACUUAUAUUUAACUUUUCCUUGUGGACUUCUUUAUUUAGCCCAAAGAUGAGUCUUAUUAGGUCUGGUAACGUCCUAUUUAAGCGGAGGUUUAUAUAUACUUUGUUAUACGUGUUCAAGGUCAUUCUUUGUGCAUACAGUACUGUUUGCUUUCUGUACGGUUAGGUGCUUAAAGGUUAGAAACACAUGGGAUGCUGCUGUUGGAAUAUGUGUGUUAAGAAGUGAUUUGCUUUUUGACUGGAUCUCGUUUUGAUGCAGUGCACUGAAAAGGUAGCAGUAUAAAACAAAAUAUUUAACAAUAUUGCAAUUUUUUUGUCUUAACUUGACAAGGUUCUUUAUAACAAUGCUUUUAUACACAUGAAGUCAAUUAUAUAGGUGGAUGCACUUUGUUUGAGGUUACCCUUUGGUUUAUGCCAAAUAAGAGAAAGUAGUUUAUACAGUAGUUAACCGUUGUGACGGCUAGGUACAGGUUAGUCUUAUUUUAAUUUAGUCAAUCUGUGAAAUGCAGAAAUUGACUUCUCUGUUUUGUUGUCCUGAGUGUUGUUUUGUUGCUAAAUACACAGCUCUAUUAAAUCAUUUGAAUAAAACGGUUUUGUUCUUCUUA